UUGCUUAGCAACAGAACCAAUGCAAACAACAGCGGUGAAGACAGCGUGCUCACUUGCAGGAGGUGCUACUGUAUAUUUACCCCACAGGCCGCGCUUACCUCCUCUUAAUGUUUGUUUCUAGUUAACAGUUUCUCUUGUCGUUCUUCCUUCAAUGGCUGAAAUCUUAAUGUGUGAACCUUUGGAGCUCUACAAUGUCCUCAACCAGCGCCGCUGUGUGCCGAGGCUGGCAGAGAUCAACUACCUCUGUCUGAUCGAUGCUCGUGAAAUCCAAGAUUACUACACAAGUCACAUCCCAACAGCUAAACAUGUCAAAACGGAUUCAAAGGGUAACUUCCUCCUGUCAGAGGCAUUGGAGGUGGACAGCAUGCAUCACGUGGUGGUGUACGACAGCAACACAAACUGCUUAGAGGAGCGAGGCAGGGCAGCUGACUGUGCUCAGGUCCUGGCUGAGAGGAGCCUCUUCCCGGUCCGUAUAGUGAGAGGAGGCUUUGAGAAGUUCUCGGCUCUGUACCCUUUUUUAAGGACAGAGAAAAUCCUUUACACCAUCAUGGAGCUGGAAAACCUGAAGAUUUACCCGGUGGAGAUCAUAGCAGGGCUGCUGUAUAUGGGUGACCAACAACAAGGCAUGGACUCCAACAUCCUCAAAGACCUGAAAAUCAGCGCCGUCAUCAACAUCUCACAGAGCGACACUCUGGAAUCUAGGUCCAUUAAGGGGAACCAGACGAUCCUUAACAUCCCCGCAGCCGACUCAGUGACGUCUGAUUUAUAUUCAAGUUUCGAAAGGAUUUGUAGUUUUAUUGGUUCACACAUCAAGAUGGGCUCUCGUGUGCUGAUAGUUUCCAGACAGGGCAGAAGCCGCUGCAGCGCCAUGACCAUUGCCUUCCUGAUGCACCACCUCAAAUACACCCUGGAGGAGGCCUGGAGGUUCGUGCUCAAAUGUAAAGCCAUCAUGAGGCCCAACACUGGGUUUCUGCAGCAGCUGUCUGAGUGGGAGCUUCACACCACAGGAACCAAACAGACUGAUCUCUCCGGACUUCAUUUUCAGUGAAAGAUCUCAAAGACGAGGACGAUGAUGCGUUGUCACGGAGACGUCCUUUCUGUCAAAGAGAGACAUUUUAAACUCUGCAGCCUUGUUAUAUCUAGAUCAGACACAUAGUCUGUAACAAAAACAGUGCUACCUGGUUAUUAAUGUUGUUAAUUGUCAACAUAACUGUAUUGAUAUUUAUUUAAAAAAUAUAUUUUAUAUAAUAUAUUUAAAUAUUUAGUUUAAAUUCAAUAUUGUUUUACUAGUCUAGUUGGGUUAUUGGGUAUCUGAGGCGUAGACUCAAGUUAGAUAACUUCAUUAAAAGGGAGCUUAAAUUAAUUUGUUCACACAAGGUAAUUAAUUAUAAUAAGACUAAAAUACACUGUUGGAUUUUUUUAAUGGAAGGAGAACCAAAACCCCAUACGGUGAUAUCUUUAAAAACACAUUUUAACCAUAAAUUUUCAGCAAGUUAGAAAAUAAAUGCAUGUAAUUAAAAGACGCAAACAGUAUUUGACAUUUUAAUGUUUUUCUCUUUUAUGUUUUCUUUUAUUUUGUAUUCAUAAUGAGAUAUUAAUGACUUAUCUGUGUGUCAUUAGCUGUGAUCCAGUACAUAUAUGGCUUCUCCCCAGAGGUGCUAACAACACUUGGGAGGCCAGUUACAUAACAUCACCUCCAAAAAUACAGACCCCCACUACACGUGUAACCAGUUUGUUGUUCUCAAAUUCACCUUGCUGGAAACACCGCACCUCUCUCACAAAGAAAAAUAUGUGUGACAAAAAUAGCAUCGUUUCUGUUUGCGCAUGGCUUAUUAUCCGAGGCGUAAUCAGAUUUAUAAGAGCGGCGGGGCUUCCUGAGAGGCUGAACUCAGGGCAGAGCGGCUCCCAUGAGGUCAUUUAAAGGUCUCGGUGCUGAUUGGCUGAGAUGAUCACCACGAUCAUCAGGGUUGAAUGUGAUUGGACGAAGCGCCACGUCGAGCGAUAAACAACGUAUGACCGUUAGCUGAGGUAAACCGGAUACGCCUUUAAAGAAUAAA